CACGAGCGUAUAUACGUGUUUGUUCUGUAUUAUCGUCGUGUUGUAUAUUCGUCUAUUGUAAUCUACAUAUAUCGUGUACGGUAUUUCUUCAUGGUUUUAUCUUUCAUUCUGAAUAGUUUUAAUUUAAGAAUAUAAUCAAGGAAAUAAUAUUAUCGUAAUUAGAUUCGAAAAAUAAAUGUCAUUUGUUAUAUAAAAAUUGUUUUAGAACAUUUGUCGCUAAAUAUACAUUACAUCUAGGGAUUUCUCCUCAAUUAACGGAUUGUUUUGAAUAUCAGUGUGUGAUAAAAGCAGAAAGAAAAGAAAAAAGAAGAGAAGAAAAUACAGGAAGAAACGAGCCAUGACAAUGCCGGAAACGUAAGGACGCACCGGUUGGUUGGAGGAAACGCGCGCGAUGGCGCAGAAAUGGUGAUGAAUCUCAAAGGUGAUCACCGUCCGGGCGUUCGUCCCGAGGUAUAUCGAAGAAAAGAUUACUAAUGAUGGCCUUUCAGUGGGAUAAACUCUCGCCCACAGAAUUUCAACAGCUCCAGGAUUUCGCAGCUUAUUCAUCAAGAAAGCUACAAGAUGUGCUUACGGAAUUUUGUGGCAACACCACAACGCCAACCGGUGUACCAAAAUAUCACCCCGAUGGGGACAUCGAUUACGAUGGUUUUAGAAAAUUUCUGGACACCUACCUCGAAGUCGCAACACCCGAUGAGUUGUCACGUCACCUUUUUCUCUCGUUUGUUAAAAAGGAUCCCCGUGUUGUCGAUGGCAAAGCCUUUAAGGAAAUGGCUGUGCUGUCGUCAACGACUGCAUGUGCAGCGAUUACUUCUCACACAACUUCGAGCAGUAACGUGAACAGCACCGGAUUACCAGGAGGAGCAUGCACUGAUAGCCACGUUGGUAGUUCCUCGUUGGUCGACAAAAUUCAUGGACUUACGGAAAAGCUGCAAUCUCUGGGACACCACAGAACCGAGAGCGAAGCCUCAUCAAGAACACGAACUGGAAGCGUACAUCCAAUGUUGACGGUAACAAGGACAUCUUACAGUUGCCACGACGUUCUUGAAAAGAAGAGUACCGACAGCAGCCCAAGUCACAGCCAAAUGUCACGAAAUUCGUCCAGGAAGUCGAACAAUUCUCUUCUCGUCAACAAUGGGAAAUUGGAAGAGAUGAGACAUCUUGUUAGAAAGCAAAGUACGAUAGAUGUCCAUUCAGUUAAGGUCAGCUUGAAAGAUAUCGUUUGCUACCUUUCUCUCUUGGAAGCAGGCAGACCAGAAGACAAAUUAGAGUUCAUGUUCCGGCUCUACGAUACAGAUGGGAAUGGCGUACUUGACAAGAACGAGAUGGACUGCAUCGUGAAUCAAAUGAUGAACGUGGCUGAAUAUCUCGGUUGGGAUGUGAGCGAAUUGAAACCGAUAUUACAAGACAUGAUGAUAGAGAUCGAUUACGAUUCGGAUGGUACGGUGUCCUUGGAGGAAUGGAAGAGGGGUGGAUUAACGACGAUUCCAUUGUUAGUUCUCCUUGGUCUCGAUUCUCACGUGAAAGAGGAUGGAAAUCAUUUGUGGAGAUUGAAGCACUUCAGCAAACCCGCUUAUUGCAAUCUGUGCUUGAACAUGUUGGUUGGACUUGGAAAGAAAGGACUCUGUUGUGUUUUUUGCAAAUAUACUGUCCACGAAAGAUGCGUACAAAGAGCACCAGCAUCGUGUAUUGCAACCUAUGUAAAAAGUAAAAAAACUUCACAAACUAUGAUACAUCAUUGGGUCGAGGGCAAUUGUCACGGAAAGUGCUCAAAGUGUAGAAAAACCAUUAAAAGUUACAAUGGAAUCACGGGACUCCAUUGCCGUUGGUGUCAACUAACCCUGCACAACAGAUGCGCUUCGCAAGUGAAAACCGAAUGCACCCUCGGCGAAUAUGCUGUACACAUUUUACCACCUACAGCGAUUUGUCCAGUCGUAUUGGACAGACAGAGAUCAUUAUCGAGGGAUAGCAAAAGGGGUAGUAAACAUGGACAGGACUCUUCGUCUGUCAGUUCUGGUGGUUUCUUAAGCUGUGGUGGUGGUGGUGGUGGUGGUAGCUCGUCAAGUCAACAACCAGCAAUGUCCUUCCAAAUAACCCCAUCUCCAGAUACGAUACCGUUGUUGGUGUUCAUUAAUCCGAAAUCUGGAGGUAGACAAGGCGAAAGGAUGCUGAGAAAAUUUCAAUACAUUCUGAACCCUAGGCAGGUACACAAUUUAGCCAUUGGUGGACCGAUGCAAGGCUUGCAAAUGUUCAAAGAUGUCGAGAACUUCAGGGUAAUUUGUUGCGGUGGCGAUGGUACUGUCGGUUGGGUUUUGGAAACUAUGGAUCGGGUACAGUUCGAGCAUCAGCCUGCUGUUGGUGUCAUACCACUUGGUACUGGUAACGAUCUUGCCAGAUGUCUACGUUGGGGAGGUGGUUACGAGGGCGAAGCUAUUUACAAAGUUCUCAAAAAAAUCGAGAAAUCAACACCCGUGAUGAUGGAUCGUUGGCAGAUCGAAGUACUAGAUCAGAAAGAGGAAAAGAAACCUAAUCAAGAUAGUAUACCUUACAAUAUUAUCAAUAAUUAUUUUUCCGUUGGCGUUGACGCUGCCAUUUGUAACAAGUUUCACGUUGAAAGGGAAAAGAAUCCGGAAAAAUUUAACAGCAGGAUGAAGAACAAAUUGUGGUAUUUCGAAUAUGCUACGACUGAACAGUUCGCCGCGAGUUGUAAAAAACUUCACGAACAUCUCGAAUUAAUUUGUGACGGUACACCUUUGGAUUUGGCACACGGACCUUCUUUACAGGGUGUUGCUUUAUUAAACAUUCCUUUCACCCAUGGGGGUUCGAACCUAUGGGGUGAACACCAUGCGAGGCAUCGUCUUGCUAAACGAAAGAAAAGACCAGACAAAGAACUCAGCACUAGUAGUUUUAAUUCAGUAGAUCUUACAGCCGCGAUACAGGAUAUCGGGGAUAAUCUUAUAGAAGUGAUAGGAUUGGAAGACUGUUUACAUAUGGGCCAAGUUAAAACAGGGUUACGAAAUUCUGGAAGAAGAUUGGCUCAAUGUAGCAGCGUAACCAUCAUCACGACCAAACGGUUCCCCAUGCAAAUUGAUGGUGAACCAUGGAUGCAAGGUCCAUGCACUAUACACAUAACUCAUAAAAAUCAAGUACCGAUGCUGAUGGCACCGGCGCCUGAUAAGAGCAGAGGAUUCUUUAGAUUUUUAAGAAGAUGAACGACCGUUCCGAAAGCAAGAGAAACAAAACAACUGAUAAUAGGAAGAUCUCUUUAUACCUCUUCCUCCUCCUCCUCCACCACCUCCUCCUUCUCGUCCAACCCUCAUUCAUCCAAUCUUCACCUAGUUUUAUCGUUCCUCCUACACAACUUCAGCUAUUUAUUAUUUUUUCUACCCAGUUUUCGACACAAGAUAUAGGUUCGAUCGCAACGUUACGUAUCGUAUAUUCAUACUUUAUCGCUUCGAUAAUUCAUUGGAAAUAAAAAAAUGAAAAAAAAAUUUAAAAUAAAAUAAAAAUAAAAACAAUUAAAAGAAAGAAAAAAAUAAAAGAAAAAGAAGAAAAAGGAGAAGAACUUGUAAAGAACCGAUCGGAUUUGCGUGGCUUAGGUAUUCUUAUGUACAGUAUUUUUGAAAAUAAUAAUAAUUAUUAUUAUUAUUAAUAAAUUAAUUAAUUAAUUAAAGAAA